AUGCACAGCUCAUCUUUAUUCUUCAUUGCCUCUGAGCUGGACGAGGAACUCCUCGUUGCGAGCCCGCGACUUUGGGACACAAUGUCGAAAACUCUCGUGUGGUGCGUGUGCAGUCAGUGCUGUCUUGCUGAUGGUGGUCAACUCUUGCAAAACAAACGGACUCAACGGAGGCACGCAGAGGUUGAGCGCAGUGAGGCACAUUUUGCACAAGUCACAGCACCGGAGUCGAAAGUAGCGGCAGAAAAUCAAUUGUAUGCACCCGUCAGCUUCUCGCAAUCUCGCUUAAGCACUCCAGAAUCAAAUGAGUUGAGGAAGACAAUGGGUGCACAGAUUGUCGAUGUGUCGGUUCGAACACGCUGCUUGCUGGAGUUACCGAAGACGCACAAUUCUUGGCUGUGGACUUGGAUCAAUCGAUGCAUCAAUGUCAUCUAUAAUCCCAUCCAUGUCAGGCUCGUCCUCCGAAUCUCUCGUGUCCGGAGUCCUGUAGCGGUGGCAAAGCUGCAGCUGUCUCGGUUUGUGGAUGGGAAUGGGUUGAGAAACAUCGAGGACCCUGCUAGAGGUAAGGCUCGUUUGGCAGUGGUUGUGGAUGCACUCGAGUCCGGCUUACUUUUCUUUGCGACAGGGGCCAAUCGUGGAUUUCCGGUAUUGGAGGGCUUAAAGGGAGCAACAUUGGAGCGCGAAGGCGCGUUUACACGCGGUCUUGCCUUGCUCGUUAUGCCAGCAGAUGGGAGGCGUGGUCGACCAGGGAUAGAAGCUAUAGCAAUAGGCUGA